AUCCUUCUUGAAGCACUGACAACAUCAUGGUUUCCUCCACCACAUUGUUCCUGCGGACAGCAAGCAACCUGAGCAGAACAUCACCCAAGUCGCGAUACCUCGCACGAACAUUCGCAUCCUCGAGCCGCCGAUAUGAGAUCAAUAAAGUCGUUCCUUCCGCGUCCGAAGCGAUCAAGGACAUGAAAAGCAAUUCUACACUCCUCUGCGGUGGAUUCGGACUCUGCGGUGUCCCAGAUACCCUCAUCAAUGCCGUGGAAAGCAGAUCAGACAUCACGGGCCUCACAGCAGUCUCCAACAAUGCCGGUGUACCGGGCUCAGGACUUGGAAAACUGCUGGAGUCGAAGCAGAUCAAGAAGAUGAUUGCGAGCUAUGUGGGAGAAAACAAGGUGUUCGAGAAGAUGUACCUCAAUGGAUCGAUUGAGCUCGAGCUGUCGCCGCAAGGAACGCUGGCUGAAAGAUGCGCGGCGGGUGGAAAGGGUAUACCUGCGUUCUACACACCGGCGGCAUUUGGAACGGUUGUGCAGACCGGCGAGCUUCCUCUUAAGCACAAUAGUGAUGGUUCUGUGGCGCAGUACUCGACGCCGAAGGAUGUCAAGGUGUUUGAUGGCAAGAGCUAUGUCAUGGAGGAGUCGAUCAAGGGCGACUACGCAUUUGUUAAAGCAUGGAAGGCGGAUCGACUGGGCAAUGUCAUGUUCCGAUUCGCAGCGCACAACUUCAACGGAGCAAUGGCCAGGAACGCGAAGAACACCAUUGUUGAGGCAGAGCACAUCGUCGAGCCGGGUGAGAUCGAUCCGGCGGCUGUGCACGUUCCCGGAAUCUAUGUAUCGAAGGUCGUCCAAAGCACGACGGAGAAGAACAUCGAGAAGAUCGUCAACGCAAAGAGCCCAGAAGAGCAAAAGGCCGGCGCGCUUGGAUCAGGAGACACGGCUAGCAAACGUGAGCGUAUCGUGCGGAGAGCGGCGAAGGAGUUCAAGAAUGGUCAAUACGCCAACCUCGGGAUCGGCAUGCCUAUGCUUGCUCCCAGUUUCGUGGACGAGUCCGUGGAGGUACAACUCCAAUCUGAGAACGGCAUUCUCGGUCUUGGACCUUAUCCAGCCAAGGGCAGGGAGGAUCCUGAUUUGAUCAACGCUGGCAAAGAGACCGUCACUCUCCGCCCUGGCGCCGCUGUCUUCGGAUCCGAAGAGUCAUUUGGCAUGAUCCGCGCUGGACGCAUUGACCUCACAAUUCUAGGUGCCAUGCAAGUCAGCGCGAAAGGAGACUUGGCCAACUGGGCGCUGCCCGGGAAGAUCAAGGGCUUCGGAGGUGCGAUGGAUUUGGUUUCGAAUCCCGAUAAGACAAAAGUCGUGGUGACGAUGGAGCAUACCGACAAGAAGGGCGGAGCGAAGAUCCUGAAUCAGUGCCAGUUCCCGUUGACGGGCAAGGCGUGUGUUUCGCUGAUUAUUACCGAGCUGGCUGUGUUUGAAGUCGACUUUACGAGCGGAUUGACACUGAUCGAGCACGCCGAGGGUGUCACGGUCGAUGAGAUCAAGUCGAAGACGGAGGCACCAUUCAAGGUCUCCGAGAACUUGAGGGUCAUGCAGCAGUAGAAAGGAUUUGAGAACGAUAUGAGGUGUGCUCG